CAAAUACCAUCAUCAUAUGUACAAGUAAAUGAAGAAUCCACAGAAUUGGGCUUUAUUUUAUCUGAAAACUUUUUCAAACACAAAAAUUCAAGUCUUGAUUGUAGAAGUAAUUAUAAUAGUGAAUCAUCAGAUAAUGAUGAUGUAUUUGAAGAUGUGGCAGCCCAGUGUAUCGACAUACGAUCGGCACUAAGAGAAUGGGCACUGACAUUUAACAUAUGUCAUAAUGCAUUAAAGGCAUUAUUAAAUAUUUUAAUUCCUUUAAAAUUAAAUAUACCUCGAAAUCCGAGGACACUAUUGGAAACACCAAGAACACUGGUUACUGUACAAAUGGGAACUGGACAAUAUUGGCACAAUGGAUUACAAACUUGCCUUGAAAAGUGCUUAUCUCAUAUAGAUAAAUCAAUGGACAUCGCACUCAAUUUUAAUAUUGAUGGAUUGCCAGUCCACAAGAAUUCAAAGACACACACACACACACACACACACACAAUUCUGGCCAAUUUUAUUUUCAAUACAUAAUUUAAAUAUUGAACCUAUGAUUAUUGGACUUUAUUGUGGAGAAAGCAAACCUCCAACGCCUAAUGAGUUUUUAACUUCUUUUGUCAAUGAAUUGUUGAUCUUUUUAAAUAAUGGGAUUAUUAUCAAUGGAUAUAAAAUUAACAUACGUGUUCGAUGCUUUAUAUGUGAUACUCCUGCCAGAUGUUUUAUUAAAGGUACUGUUAAUUUUAAUAGUUAUAGUUCAUGUCUGAAGUGCACGACUACGGGUGAAUAUUAUUAUAAAGAACAUCGAAUUAGUUUUCCACAUAUAGAUAUGCCUAGAAGAACUGAUACAACUUUCCGCAACAGAACUGAUCCAGACCAUUAUAAGAUGGAUACACUUUUGAAAAAACUUCCGAUUGACAUGAUAAAAAGUAUUCCGGUAUCCGAUUCAUUGCACUUGUUAGAUCUAGAAAAUAAAAAAGUCUUCGAAUGGGAAACAACUCACUGCCACAAGUAGCGCGACGAAUUUUUGAAAUUAAUAGUUUCAAACAAACUCUAAAUGACAAUAAUAAAAAAUUUCCUAUUUUAAAGAAUAAAAAUUCUGGCGACAAUUGUGAUUCAAGUAAAUAUAAACAUUUUUUUUACAAAGUUGAAUUAAUGGACAAAUUAGCAUUUACAAAUGAAGACAGAAAUAAAUGGUUCUUAACAAAAAAAAAUAAAA